AUGGAACAUCCGCCCAGGGGACUGUCUCACCAUCUUCAUGAUGUCUUGUCGAAUUUACACCGUCGUCCAUUCCCUCAUGUUCCCAACCCUCCUACCUGCAAGAAACGCGCAUCCGUUGCCCUGAUCCUCCGUGUUCGCCCGACCUAUGAACAUUGGCCGAACAUCAACGGGACUUUGGACACCUCGCUACCCGUAGAAGAGCGCCUAAUUGAGUUCUUCGCACAAUCCUGGGUCCAGCAUGGCGAACCGGAGGUUUUGUUUAUCAAGCGCGCAUCGCGCGUUGGUGACCGGUGGACCGGCCAUGUCGCGUUGCCGGGCGGGAAGCGGGAUCCUGAGGAUGAGGAUGAUAAAGCUGCGGCAAUUAGGGAAGCCUCGGAGGAGAUUGGGCUGGAUUUGACCACAGAUGAUUGUAUCAGUGUGGGCAAUCUUCCCGAGCGCGUGGUCACUGCUAGCUGGGGCGCAUUGCCGUUGAUGGUUCUCUCCCCGUUCAUCUUCCUAUAUACCCGUAGCGACUCUCCGAUGCUCAAGCUACAGCCUACCGAGGUGGCAUCGACACAUUGGAUUCCUCUUCGAGCCCUCCUAUCCCCAUCCCUCCGUACCGUGGAAUACGUGGAUAUGUCCCAGCGCUUUGCCCGUCAAGGAGGUUUCCUGAGCCGUCUUGCGAUCCGAUCUUUGAUGGGCUGGAUGCAAUUCUCGGCCGUGCGACUAGCUCCGUCAGAGAGUCAGCAGUGUUGUACGUCGGCCCCUGGUUUGAUCUCUGAAGACCAAGCGCCUAAGCCGUCGUUGGUGCAAAGGUUCAAGUCAUGGUGCUUGAGUAACCAAGCCGAUUCUGGUGAUAGGGAUAGACCACUGCUCCUCUGGGGACUGACUCUUGGGAUUCUGGCCGAUUUCUUGGACAUGCUUCCACCUCAUACCGCCGUGCAAUUAUGGCAAUACCCCACAUUCACAGCCCCCGAUCUGAAGCUAAUCUGUGGAAUCUUAACAUACCACCUGCGAAAGCGUAACAUGCUGCAGGUGAAAUUGGGCCCCCGCACAAGUGAUACCGCUGCGGACAGUGAGACUGUCGCGCAACCCGUUACAUCCGAAAAAUCCACCCAUGAACCCAAUGAAGUUGGCAUUGGUGGGCUUGGUGUUGGAACCUAUUAUGGCCCCACGGAUCGCACACCGGAUGGAACCUCGUAUGCGGUCGGCAUCUUGUUGCGGGGAUACUAUCAGCGCCUGCGGGUGGCGAUCUGGGUCUUCCUUGCCUGGCGCAUGGCCAUCGGCUCUGCAGCAGCCAUCACAGCCUGGCGUGUCCUCCGUCGAAGAUUUCAAUAG